AUGAAUCAGCAACAGGACAUGUUCUAUGGCGGCUACGCUAUGGGCAACUCGAACCGCUCGCCGAGCUCCUCGAGGCCCGGCUACGCAACUUCUGCAGGUCUCCAGCCAUCAAACCGGCCGAACCAGCGCCAGCUUGAGCCCAUCGGCCAGCCGUCCCCCUCCCCUUACGGCGAUGACCGCUUCAACUCGUACGAUGGGGCUUUCAGGCACAACAGGUUACAGCCGAAUCAGGGGUUUCCCGAUGGAUUCAUGCUGGGGAAUAACCAGGCCUGGAACUACAACGCCGGGGCCGCGACUGUGAACGGCGCAAUGGGCGAUGGCGGCCGGUUGCGGGCUGGAAACCGAAGAGGGCCGCUACCUUCGGAAUGGACAGGAAUGCCCGACCAAGGCCAGGCACACAUGCAUCCGCCGCCAUCAUACCAGCCGCCGCCUAUGAUGAACCAGCAGCUCGGCAUGAUGAACGGCGGCGGCCUGGGCAACGAUCGGCACGGCUAUCAGAACAACUACGGUUCCAUGCCGUUGCGAGCUUUGGAGGAGAAGAAUAACGGCACCGAUCUCAUCCCCACCGCCAUCGUCAUCAAGAACAUCCCCUUCAACAUCCGGAAGGAGACCCUCACCGGCCUGAUGACGGACAUGUGCCUCCCGCAACCCUAUGCCUUCAACUAUCACUUCGACCAGGGCGUCUUCCGUGGUCUGGCUUUUGCCAACUUCCAAAACGCCGAGGACACGGCGAUAGUGAUCGAGAAGAUGAACGGCCUGGAGGUUCAGGGCAGGAAGCUGAGAGUCGAGUACAAGAAGAUGCUCCCCGAACACGAGCGUGAGCGCAUAGAGAGGGAGAAGAGGGAGAAACGCGGCCAGCUCGAGGAACAACACAGAUCCAUGCCUCUCCAUCAGCAGACUUCCAUGCAUUCCCUGACCAACGCGCCGGCUUCGACCGGCCAACGCAACUCGCCAUUGCGUAAGCCACUCCCGCAGCCGGCUCCGAUGAAAAGCCCACUGAUCACCCCGGCAGAAAAUGUUGAUCUCAACAAUCCGGAGACACUAAACUUCUACACCGAGUUGACCCUCUUCCGCAACGACCCGAAUCGGGAGAUCCUUGUCUUCCCCAACAGUAUCACUCCCACUCAGCGCCGCACCAUCCACAUUCUAGCGCAUAACAUGGGACUAGAGCACCGUUCCGCAGGCGAAGGGCAGCAUAGGCAGCUGCAUGUCAUCAAGGAUAUUGCUCGCACAUCCCCCACCACACAGGCGCCCCCACAUCUCCCCCCCGGUGUCUCGCUAGAUGCUCACCGCCGAGGUCUCAGUCGCGCGGCGACCAUCGACUUUGCUGAGUCCCGCAUCACCAACACCGGCGGCUACCAUACCAUAGGGCGACAGGGCAACCCGAUGCUGGAGCUGCCGGGAAGCCCAGACGGCGUCUCCGGCAUCAACGGGCUUCGCGGGGUCAAGAGCUUUGCGGAUCUGCGUUCGUACACCCCAAGUCCGUCUCCAUCGGUUUCGGGUUACUCGCAGGCUAACGGAGCCGAUGGGGCCGGCCAUGUAGCCCGUUUCGGCGACUACACCACGGGCUUGAGCCAGACCAGCUCCCUGGCGGCUCCGACAACUCCCGGCGGCUCGCUGGCUGCCCCGUCAUCCAUGGAUGCCGCCCAGUUGCUCUCGGGCAUGGGAUCCAUGUCUCUUGGUGGAUAUGACGCGGGAGGCAACCAGAUCCGGCAGCCACGCGAGGCUCCGGGUGCCAUCGGCAGUCAGCGGCCGGGCAUGAACAAUGGCGUUGGUGGUGGCGGUGGUGGUGGUGGUGGUGGUGGCGGUCGCGUAGCCGCCCCCGAGAGGCAGCCUCGCGGUCCCGCAGAGUGGGACACAACCGGGUUUGGUGGACGCCGGGCUAACGGCCACAUGCAGCGAGGUAGCGACUCAUCAGAGAAUGGCGCUCGUGCUGGAACCGGUUCCGGCACCCCCUUGUUCCAUUAGGAUGGAACUCCUGCCGACCGUCGCCCCCAGUCUCCCUUCCCCUUUGGUGCAAUUGACCAAUGUCCUUCCUUCCUUGCCGGUGAUUCGGGAACUCCCCGACAUCUGGCUGUUGAAGCGGCAUUCGCAGACCUCGCGGGUCUUCGGGAUGGUCUCGCACUGUCGGGAUCCAGAGAGCGACAGGCAUCGACGCCAUCGCACGAUUGUCGCCCUACGCCACGUCACGCCAGCCAGCCUUGUUCUCCGUUCGUGGACUCUCCCAGCCAACGCCCAACUAUUUCUGCUCCAUUUCAUUCGCACUCAUCCGUACACAUACAGUCUUGUAAUAGGGUUAGAUUUCUGUUCCUCGGUUCUUCCACGUGGAACAUGACCCUCCCGCUCCUCGAUUUCUGAUAUUUUUGUUUCCUGCGAC